CCGCUUCUCCAGGACCCGCGGCGACGACGAGCGAGCGAGAACUGAUGCCCUGAGCGGCUCCGCGGCCGGCGAGCCUGUUCCCGGGACGGCCGCUGGCAGGAGGCUGAAGCGACGGCUGCGGCGCGGGGCCAGCCCGAUUCCAUUCCUGAAAGAGAGAAACCAACACCUGGGUCAAACUCAAAAAACAAAAACAAAACCUCCCAAGACAACAGAGCUGGGAUUAAGGGAACUGCACGCCGACCCAGCAUGGAGAGCCAUUCUCAGGCCUCUGUCUGCAGUGAAGGGCCAGCUCAGUCCAGCGCCGAGGGCUUCUCUCCACGGACCCCAAAGGACCCUGGAGAAGGUGACGGUUGUCUUCCAGGGAGCCAUGAUGGCCCAUUCACUGCAGGCCCGACAAAUGAGGACAACUCUCAACACUCACUGCCGGGGAAGGUGAAGAAGCUGGCGCCAAGCAGCUUGCCCAGAGUCACGCAACACAGCAUUGCCCAGGGCCAGGGCUCCUGACACCUGGAGCAGAGGCCUUCACCUAACAUCGUCAGUUCCAUCUCAAGAAACAAUGUGAUCUCCAGAGAGUGAAGCAGCAGCAAGCACAGAGUUUGCACAGGCUGAAAAAAACAGAUCUCACUUCUGGAGCCGGCACUGUGGCACAAACCGUUGAGGCCCUGCCAGCAACACGGGGCAUCGGCAUCACAUAUCCAGCGGCAGGCUCCUCUUCCGACCCAGCGCCCUGCUGACGCACCCGGAGGCUGAACGCGCAGCACAGCAUCAGUCCUGUCCUGACCCCACAGAGAGGGGCAGGAAAUAACCCUGCUGUUUGAAAAAGUGGAGGUUACACAUCAGUUGUUUUCUUCAUUGGAGAGGCAGAGACAGACAGAUCUCCCCAAAUGAGCACAAUGACCAUGACUGGGCUGGGCCAAAGCCACGAGCCCAGAACUCUAUCUAGGUUCCCCGGUGGGUGGCAGAAAAGCCAUCACCUACUGUCUCCCAUAAUGAAUAUAUGGGAAGCUGGAGGGGAAGUGGAGGAACCAGGCACCCAGAGAUGGGAUGUGGUGUCCCAAGCAGCUACUUAACCCCUCUGCCCAGUGCCGGCACUUUCAACGUGAUUUUUUUUUUUUUUUUUUUUUGAGAGGUAGAGUUACACACAGUGAGAGAGAGAGACAGAGAGAGAGGUGUUCUAUCCGGGUUCUCUUCUCCAAAUGGCCGCAAAGGCCGGAGUUGUGCUGAUCUGAAGCCAGGAGCUGGGUGCUCCUUCCAGGUCUCCCGUGUGGGUACAGGGGCCCAAGGACUUAGGCCAUCUUUUACUGCUUUCCCAGGCCAUAGCAGAGAGCUGGAUUGGAAGAGGAGCAGCUGGGACUAGAACUGGCGCCAAUAUUGGAUGCCGGCACUGCAGGCAGAGGAUUAACCUACGGUGCCACGGCGCUGGCCCCUCAAUGUGCUUCUUAACUGGGACAAGUGGAAGACAGAGGGAAGGCCACUGGGGCAAACUCACUGGGCCUUCUCCCAAGACACCUCCUUUCAGAAGCAGAGAAACCUCAGCAAGCAGAGGAAGAGAGCCUGCUAGGGCUGGGGGAGCCGUUUUCUCUUUGUUUAACAUUCAUUCAUUCAUUUGAAAGGCAGAAUGACAGACAGAGGGAGAGACAGAGACGGGUCUUCUAUCUGCUGGCUUAGUCCCCAAAUACACACAACAGCCAGGCCAGACCAGGCUGACAUCAGGAGCGGGACCUGCCACAUGGGUGGCAGAAGCCCGAGUACUUGGCCAUCUUCUGCUGGCUCCCAGGAUGCAUCGGCAGGGAGUAGCUGGCCAUAUUCUGCGGCUUUUCCAGGCAUGUUAGCAGGGAGCUGGAUCAGAAGUGGAGCAGCUGGGACUUGGACCAGUGCCCACAUGGGAUUCCAGUGAUGCAGGGGCCAGCCUAACCAGCUGUGCCACACCGCCAGCCUUGCCAUAAAAAUGUCUAAACGCUUUCUUUUCUGGGCUCGUCUUGUCACAGGACAGCACCCAUUUGCAGACUGACACCCCUCCUAGCCCAUUCUUUGAGUGCACUGCCCUCAAGAAGCCUAGGGGCCGCUUUCCCACCCAAACCAGGUCCAGGGUGCUGGAAAGGGCACAGGAUAAUGAGACAGACGGUGGCUUGUUGCCUGCAAUUUGCUCCUCAAUUUCUCUGGCCUUCUUCGCCCAGGCUUAGCAAACAGCUUCACCAGUCAAGAAAGACCUCAACCCCUUCAUCACCACCCCCACCCGACCUAAUGAUGCCACAAAGUCCCUCGCAGAAGACGACCCAGUAUCAUUCAUUCAUUCAGGCACUUCCGGCUCCUGCCGGAGGAACUAUAGCUCCAGUGUCACAUGGUAGCCAGGAAGAAAAGCCCUGCCAUGGCCGGCCCAGAGGCCGAGUCUCAGACACAAGCACUUGGCAACCCGCACUCGCGGAUGGCAGGACGUUCACCAGCGCUUGCUCUGGGACGCGGUGGUGGGAGCAAGCCCCGCCACUGCAUCGCAGCUCAGUCACCCGGGGAGGAGGUGCACAGCGUACCCCCUUGUUCGGGGAACUGAGCAGGAAGACCCCCAAAUGCAGAUCCCCCAAGCUUGUUAACACCGGGGGAGGAAGGCAGGGCAAAGGGCAGGGUCUCACCGACAAGGAGGACGCCGGGGCCGGGGCACAGGUGACCCCCUCCAGGGUUCUGAGGAAUGGGCCCUCAGCCGCAAAGGGGCAGAAACUGCCUUGGAGGCACAAGGUGGGAGGAAGCUUCAGCCCCUUCUCUGGGCGGGGAGAGGGCAGGGCUGGCUGGGCGGGGCUUCCCUUGGGGGCGGGGCUGGCCCUCCUCCCUGGCCCCCCAUUGGGUCAGUGACUCCCGCAGCCCUGCCCCUGAAGGACAAAUAAGAAGAGCUGUUGUUUUUCGCCCCCACCUUGGCUAUUCAGAGUCCCCCACAUAAAUACUGAGGGGGCUGCUGCCCGCUCCCUGCUUCUCUGGCUGUGGCCCUGAGCCACACCUGCUCCCCUGCGGUGGGCAGGGCCAUGGGAGACCUCGUUCUGCUCUGGGUGGCUGUGGGCAUGUGCAGUGCCACCUUCCGUGCCUCUGCCUGGUCAGUGAACAAUUUCCUGAUAACUGGCCCUAAGGCCUACCUGACCUAUACUACCAGCGUGGCCUUGGGGGCCCAGAGCGGCAUUGAGGAGUGUAAGUUCCAGUUUGCUUGGGAACGUUGGAACUGCCCGGAAAAUGCUCUCCAGCUCUCCACCCACAACAGGCUGAGAAGCGCCACCAGAGAGACUUCCUUCAUUCAUGCCAUCAGCUCAGCUGGAGUCAUGCACACUAUCACCAAGAACUGCAGCAUGGGCGACUUUGAAAACUGUGGCUGCGAUGAGUCAAAAAACGGGAAAACAGGAGGCCAUGGCUGGAUCUGGGGAGGCUGCAGCGACAAUGUGGAAUUUGGGGAAAGGAUCUCCAAACUCUUUGUGGACAGUUUGGAGAAGGGGAAGGAUGCCAGAGCCCUGAUGAAUCUCCACAACAACAGGGCCGGCAGGCUGGCAGUGAAAGCCACCAUGAGAAGGACCUGCAAGUGUCACGGCAUCUCGGGGAGCUGCAGCAUCCAGACCUGCUGGUUGCAGCUGGCUGACUUCCGGGAGAUGGGCGACUACCUGAAGGCCAAGUACGACCGGGCGCUGAAAAUCGAGAUGGACAAGCGGCGGCUAAGAGCUGGGAACAGCGCCGAGGGCCACUGGGCGCCCACAGAGGCCUUUCUUCCUAGUGCAGAGGCCGAGCUGGUCUUUCUAGAGGAGUCGCCAGAUUACUGCACCCGCAAUUCCAGCCUGGGCGUCCAGGGCACUGAGGGCCGUGAGUGCCUGCAGCACAGCCACAACACCUCCCGGAGGGAGCGACGCAGCUGCGGGCGCCUGUGCUCCGAGUGUGGGCUGCAGGUGGAAGAGAGGCGAACCGAGGCCACCAGCAGCUGUAACUGCAAAUUCCACUGGUGCUGCACGGUCAAGUGUGACCAGUGUAGGCAUGUGGUGAACAGAUACUACUGCACCCGCUCCCCAGGCACGGCCCAGUCCUGGGCUAAGGGCAGUGCCUGGUAACAGCCCACACGGACUCACUUGCUCAUUGCACGACUGUGGAGGGGCACACAGCUUCUCUCCUGGAGACAGCAGAUUGGGAAUCAAUCGGAACAUCACCGGGUUGGUCUGCGGGGCAAGUGGUAUCCACUAGAGGAGGGCAAACGGGACCCAAGGGUAUACGGCAUAUUCUUGGUAGAGCCGAAAUUGGAGCCCGGGCCUUCUGACCCCACUUCACCUCACCUGCAAGUCACUUCCUGGUCUUUGGGCCUGGAUUUAUGCACUUGCCCUGGAAGGGGGAAGAGGGGGUAGGGGCUGGGAGAUAUCCAGAGUACUUGUUCCCUUAAACUUCAGACCACACCCAACCCACUUGUCAGGUAGGACUCCUGGUGGAGCAACCUUCCCUUGCUCAUGAAUUUGACCAAUAACAACUUCAUGCAGAUAAAUGAGGUGGAGACCACAAAUGCCUUUCAGGAGCUUUUUAAAAUGUUGGGGUUUUUCACCUGAUUAUGCACUUUUAAAAACUUCUUCCCAUUCGAACUUGGGGAAAAUCAGUACCCAACAUAACUAGGGGGCUUGUCCACCACCUCUGCAGCCAAGGGGAGGGAAUGGAGGCAGAGGGUGGGCAGGUGACUGCGACUCCUCCAGACGAGCUGUAAAAUGACCCUGAUUUGUAUUUUCCCAGGUUGGGAACUCAACUUUAUUUUAAAAUAAAUGCUUCUAGGAUAGAUCCCUCAAGGACAUUUUGUCAGUACCUUUGGCAAUCUUAGGAUAAGAAAGGGAAUGGGAAACUCUGUAUUCCAAUUAUCCAUCAAGCUAAGGGGCAAACUAGACAUAGCCAACCCCCUUGAAUUCAAUGUUUGACAGAUUGUGAAGCCGAGACCCAAGCACUGACCCACAGGAAAACAAUACAGACUCCCCAGAUUUAGAAGGUGCUAUUGUAAUGCAAUCCAAGCAACUUGGGGAAUAAGGAAGCCCUUUGAACUUGGGUAACAUUCAAAGUGUGUUUGCUCUCUGAACUUGGGCUUCCCGGGGUGUCUGUACACCCAGACCAGGGCCCUAGGACCGGAGACCUGAAGAGUUGUGGAUUCCACUGUCCUCAUUUACACUUCUAUAUCUUCCAUUGGUAAUCUUUCAAGGAAGGGUAGUUGCCACAAGAAGAGAGCCUCGAGGGCUCAGCCCCUGGUUUCCUAAGUCUGAAUAUUUCAGCCUGGAGACUUUGCCGUCUGCAAGGGCUUGCGCCCUGCAGGGAGGCUGAAUAAACAAGCCAGGGAUCACCUUGAGUGCGGUAGCACCCCAUCCUAUUGUUCUAAGGUAGAAAACAAUUUUACUGUUCAACCAUAGGAUAAAUUAGACCAUGGCUUCCGGAGGAGUAUUAACUACUAAAAUAAUAUUCUUGAUAAAUACUUUGUAACAUGGAAAAUGCUCAUGAUAUCAUUAAGUGAACACAGCUGAUUACAAAAUAGCAUGCUCAGGAUGAAUUAUUUUUGUUCUUAAAUAAGAAAAUGCCCAAUAAUAAAAUAGUUUGUUUUCCCUUUUUUAAUUUGUCUAUAAUAAACAUUCUUUGCCAUCAGAAAGAA